AGCCUUGGAAUUGACUCAGCGGUGGCUGCUUGAGCUUUCGAUCCAGAGGACCACAGCCUUUGACAUAAACCAAAGCUGGGCACACACUAUGGAUACCAACGGCUGUAUAACAACUAUUUCUUCCACAGCAUGCCAAAGCUGCUCCAGGAUUACAAAUUUUAGGACCAUCUCUUCCAACACCAGCUGCCAGAGUGAUGGUCUUGAAGCCAACUGCUGCCAACCAACUGGCCAUGUUCUAAGAACUCCCCAGUGCCCAGGCUGCCAACCCACUUCUUGCUUCUGUCUCAUGCCCAUCUGCUUAAUAAGUGAUUUCAACACCUGCCCCUCUCCAGAUGGUUGUGGCUGGUGUGGCGAAGGCAUCAACAGUCAUGAGAAAGAGACCAUGCAAGUCUUGAACAACCGCCUCGCUAACUACCUGGAAGAAGUGCGAAUGCUGGAACAAGAAAACACUGAACUGGAGUGUAAAAUCCAGGCAGAGGGUAACAGAGAGCUCCCUGUCAUUUGUCCUGAUUACCCGUCCUACUAUGCUAUCAUUGAGGAGCUCCAGCAGAAGAUCUUGUGUACCAAGGCUGAGAAUUCCAGGCUGGUCUCACAAAUUGACAACACCAAACUGGCUGCUGAUGACUUGAGAGCCAAGUACGAAGCUGAGAUGUCUCUGCGCCAGUUAGUGGAAGCAGAUGCCAACAGCCUACAGCAGAUCCUGAACGCACUGAGCCUGGCCAAGGCUGACCUGGAAGCUCAAGUCCAGUCUCUAAAGGAGGAGCUCCUUUGCCUCCGAAACAACCAUGAAGAGGAAAUCAAUUCCUUACAGAACCAGCUUGGGGACAGACUCAACAUUGAAGUGACCACUGCCCCUUCUGUUGAUCUAAACCGGGUUCUACAAGAAAUGAGAUGCCAGUAUGAGUCCAUCACAGAGACAAACCGCAGAGAAGUGGAGCAGUGGUUCAGCACACAGAUGGAGGAGCUGAACCAGCAGGUGGUGACCAGCUCUCAACAGCAGCAGUGCUGCCAGAAAGAAGUCAUCGAGCUGAGACGCACCAUGAACGCUCUGGAGAUUGAACUGCAGGCCCAGCACCAAAUGAGAGAUUCCCAGGAAUGCAUCCUGGUGGAGACAGAGGCCCGCUACUCGGCCUUGCUGGCCCAGGUCCAGUGCCUGAUUGAUAACCUGGAGGCUCAGCUCACAGAGAUCCGGUGUGCCCUGGAAAGACAGAACCAAGGAUACGAGAUUCUGUUGGAUGUCAAGACCCGGCUGGAGUGUGAGAUUGCCACAUACCGCAGCCUCCUGGAGACCUCGGAUGCCGAGCUUCCCUGUUACCCAUGUGCUGCCAAAUGUGAGCUUUCUGUGUGCACAUCCAGUAAAGCCAGGGCCAUGGAAUGCACAGCCCCAGCUGACAUAUCCUCAGGCCCCUGUGGGAUACACAAGUCUUGCAAUGUCUGCAGAGCCCUGCCUCGAAUACUGGUUAAAAUCUGCACCAUCACCAAGGAGAUUAAGGAUGGGAAAGUCAUUUCUUCUCAUGAGCAUGUGCAGCCUUGCUUCAUCACCAGAGCUGCCUAA